CUUUGACGUUAAGGCAUUGUACGCAUGCGCCAUAGUAGUUCUUCCAAGCUUUCAAGUGACGUGGCUUCAAUGACGGCAGGAGUUGUACUGUUACGGUGAAGUAGUGUCCUUUUAAUUCAAUUGUAAAAUAAUGCUGUAAUUAUGAGAACUUGAUAGUAAAGAUUAUUUAAAAUUAUCUCAAGCUUAUAAUUAAAAGUAUACGAUAGUCAUCGUUGACUUAAUUAGCAACAUGACUACUUAUGAAGAUUUCAUUCAACAAAAUGAAGACCGUGAUGGAAUACGUAUUACUUGGAAUGUUUGGCCGUCAUCACGUGUAGAUGCUACUAGACUUGUUGUACCUUUAGGAACACUUUAUCAACCAAUCAAAGAAAGACCAGAUCUUCCACCAAUACAAUAUGAUCCUGUUCUUUGUACAAGAUCUACAUGUAGAGCAAUUUUAAAUCCAUUAUGCCAAGUUGAUUAUCGUGCUAAAUUAUGGGUGUGCAAUCUAUGCUUUCAAAGAAAUCCUUUUCCUCCACAAUAUGCUGCUAUUUCAGAACAACAUCAACCAGCUGAAUUAAUUCCAAAGUUUUCAACUAUUGAAUAUACCAUAAUGAGAGCACAAUGUUUACCACCCAUUUUUUUACUGGUUGUGGAUACAUGUAUGGAUGAUGAAGAACUAGGUUCUCUCAAAGAUUCUUUACAAAUGUCACUUUCUUUACUUCCACCUAAUGCUCUAAUUGGUCUUAUUACAUUUGGAAGAAUGGUGCAAGUACAUGAACUAAGUUGUGAAGGAUGCAGUAAAAGUUAUGUUUUUCGUGGUACUAAAGAUUUACAACCAAAACAGGUUCAAGAUAUGCUAGGUAUAGGUCGGCCAAUACCAGGUCAAAAUCCAAACCAACAAAGAGGACCUGGUGGACAACCAUUACCAGCAGCAAAUCGUUUUUUACAACCUGUACAUAAAUGUGAUAUGAGUUUAACAGAUCUUUUGGGAGAACUUCAACGAGAUCCAUGGCCGGUCGGGCCAGGAAAACGUCCAUUGCGAUCGACGGGUGUCGCAUUAGCUGUUGCUACUGGUCUUUUGGAAGCUAGUUAUGCUAAUACAGGAGCCAGAAUAAUGCUAUUUGUGGGUGGACCUUGUUCUCAAGGACCUGGUCAAGUCGUAACGGAUGACUUACGGCAACCUAUUAGAUCACAUCAUGAUAUUCAAAAAGAUAAUGCUAAACAUAUGAAAAAAGCAACUAAACAUUAUGAUUCUCUCGCGUCACGUGCUGCAACAAACGGUCACAUAAUAGACAUCUAUUCGUGCGCUCUCGAUCAAACCGGUCUAUUAGAAAUGAGACAAUGUUGCAAUUCAACUGGUGGUCAUAUGCUUAUGGGAGAUUCUUUCAAUUCUUCUCUAUUCAAGCAAACAUUCCAACGUGUGUUUGCUAAAGAUCAUAAAGGCGAUUUAAAAAUGGCAUUUAAUGCAACAUUGGAGGUGAAAACGUCACGAGAAAUUAAAGUUUCCGGUGCGAUCGGGCCCUGCGUAUCUCUAGGAGUAAAAGGAUCAAGUGUCGGAGAACAAGAAGUAGGAUUAGGUGGUACAUGCCAAUGGAAAUUCUGUUCUCUUACACCUUCCACUACUACAGCAUUAUUUUUCGAAGUUGUCAAUCAACAUACAGCACCGAUUCCUCAAGGUGGAAGAGGCUGUAUUCAAUUUAUCACACAGUAUCAACAUAGUAGCGGUCAACGAAGAAUCAGAGUUACUACAAUUGCUAGAAAUUGGGCAGAUGCAUCGACAUCUUUACAUCAUAUAAGUGCCGGAUUUGAUCAAGAAGCAGCCGCUGUUCUCAUGUCGCGUUUAGCUGUAUUUAGGGCAGAAAGUGACGAUGGACCAGAUGUUUUAAGAUGGGUCGAUCGUAUGCUUAUUAGAUUAUGCCAGAAAUUUGGAGAAUACACAAAAGAUGAUCCAAAUAGUUUUAGACUUGCAGAAAACUUUUCUUUAUAUCCUCAAUUUAUGUAUCAUUUGCGUAGAUCGCAAUUUCUACAAGUAUUUAAUAAUUCUCCUGAUGAAACUAGUUUUUAUAGGCAUAUGCUCAUGCGAGAAGAUUUAACAAAUUCUUUAAUAAUGGUACAGCCAAUUUUGUACAGUUAUGGAUUUAGUGGUCCUCCAGAACCAGUUUUAUUAGAUACAUCAUCUAUUCAGCCAGAUAGAAUUUUAUUGAUGGAUACUUUCUUCCAAAUCCUUAUAUUCCAUGGAGAGACUAUUGCACAAUGGCGUCAAUUAAAAUAUCAAGAUUUGCCAGAAUAUGAGAAUUUCCGGCAAUUAUUAGCAGCACCUGUUGAUGAUGCUGCUGAAAUAUUAGCCGAACGAUUCCCUGCACCUAGAUAUAUCGAUACUGAACAAGGUGGUUCACAAGCAAGGUUUUUGUUGAGCAAAGUGAAUCCAAGUCAAACUCAUAACAAUAUGUAUGCUUAUGGAGCGGAAAGUGGAGCGCCUGUCUUAACUGAUGAUGUCAGUUUGCAAGUAUUCAUGGAGCAUUUAAAAAAAUUAGCUGUGUCAUCCACGGCUUAAAUUAUUAUGAAAAAUCCAAUAAAUAUUCCUCAUUGUUUUGCAUAUGCAAAUUUUAAUGAUCUGGAAUAUAAUGAGGUACCGAUAGUUACAAUCUAUUAAGAAAGAUAAAAUAAACGCAGUAAGAAUUUUCAUUAUAUCGAGAAUGUACGAUUAAUUAAAUAUAAUUCCUCAAUAUUUUUUUUGAAGUCAAGAUAUAAUUCAUGUACAAAUAAAAUACAUAGUAUUCGUGUAAUACAUAUUUUACAUUCAUGUUUCCCAUUUUUUUAAUAUGUCAUCAAUAGCAUAACUUAUUUUCCAAUAGUACUUGUUUAUGUAAAUGUAAUACAUAGUAAAUGUUAUCAUAUUUUUCUUUGGAAAAUGUAAGCAGUAAAACAAGACAAAUAAUAAAUGUUGUAAACUGUAGGUAACAAAAUCUGUAAUAACUAUAGAAUUUAUAUGUAUACUAUAAAUCGUAUAAUUGUAUCAUUUUUUAUUAAUUAAAUUACAGCUGUUUUAAUAACAGUUAAAAAAAAAAGGAAUUUACUAUCUUACCUUUCAUUGUAUCAUUAAAUACUGAACAUAACUUCAACUUUUUUUCAUGUAAAAUAAAUAAAGAUAUAUAAGAAAAAAUAAA